GUUUAAAGAUGGAAUUGGCAAAAGAAAUUGUCGAUGGCCUGGCAAGCAUCCAAAAUAGCAACAUUUUGCCUGAAGAAGCAUUUCUACAGUUAUUAGAUAUUAUAAUGUUAUAUAUUUCUAAAAACAAUGGAAAAAGUAUCGCAACUAUUCAUCCAUCCAAGUCAGAUUUGAUAAAGGCUGCAGUUUCUAAUGUAUCCUGCCUCUUUAUAGAGGCUGCUCGACAUGAUUACGAUGAGGAAAGCUUAAAACAUUUUCUACAUAAUGAACAUAUUAAUGGACAUAGAAUUGAAACGCUAUGUAGUACAUAUAUAAACAAUAAACAAAAUAUCCAGACUCAACUGGAAUUGAUAGGAAAUAGUUUACCUCAUGUAGUGGAUAUAGAUUGGCGUUUACAUCAUUGUGUUAAGAUUAGCACUCGGUUUACCAACAUACCAAUUUAUAACAUACGAAUAAGUACAAAAGAAUGUGAUCAAAUGAGACAUGUAAUAUUUACAUGUACUAUACAACAGCUACAAGAGUUGGUAUACAAGUUGAAGGAUGCUAUAAGACACAUUGAAAAAAUGUCUAAUAUAUAAACUUCUAAUGAGUGAUUAUAAUGUACAGUUAAUAGUCUUUUUUCAGUUUUGCUUUGGCAAUAAUUUAAGAAUAAUGUUUUAU